GCACUUUUCGAUUGUUUUUGGCAAAGCGUCCAAUGUGCAUCAUUAUAAAACUACUGGAACCUGUCACCUAGGGCAGCAUUCGUCUGUUGUCGUCUCAGUACCGUCGUCGUACUCACUGGAGCGUUAUUUGGUUAGGCAAGGAGCGUCCAAAAUGAAGACGUUCUUUGUAUUGUUUUUGGCGUUAGCCACGGCUUCAUGUGCGGCUGUUAACGGAACCUCCAAGAAGGAGAAGCGAGGUCUCUGGGAUGAAGGAUCAGCCAGUGCCGGUGGAGAAUAUGAGCAUUAUUCUGGCGACACCGAUAAGGGAUAUGACCAUGCGUUACUAUCCAGUUUCGGUGGAGAACACCAAUCAGGUGAUGAAGGAUUUGAAAAGGGCCAUGGAGGAGCAGAGGAGUCAUUCAAUUUUGGUGGGGGAUACGGACAUGGGGCUAUCAGUGAAGGACAUGGACACAGUUUUGGCGAUUCAGGUGGAAGUCAUGGCUUUGGCGGUGGAGAGGAUUCUAAACAUUUUGGCAGUUUUGGUGGAUACCAUGGAUUUAGUGGUCAUGAUGGAGGAUACGGGAAAACAUUUGGUGGCUUCAAUAGCGGACAUGGACUGGAAGGCUUCGGUGGAGGGUUUGGAAAAGGCUCUGACGAACAUGCACAUAGUGCUGGAGGAUAUGGUGGCUUUGAAGGAGGACAUGGACAUAGUUUUGGAAGCUCAAGUGGAGGAUUUGAUCAUAGUUCUGACAGCUUAGGUGGCGGGAGUCACCAAGAGAGCUCUGGUAGCUUCGAUGAAGAACACGGAAAAGGAUUUAGCAGCUUUGGAGCUGACCAUGGACAUGAUUUCAGUAGCUUUGGAAAAGAACAAUCUUCGGGUGGCUUUGACGGAAAAACUGAACAGAAUACAGGACACUCAGGAGGAGGUCAUGAAGAGAGUUCUGACAAUUCUGGUGGUGGACAUGAAUCAAGCUCCAGCAAACUUAGUGGAGGAUAUGGUCACGAUUCCUCCAAUGCUGGUGGCCACAAACAAAAAGAACUGAUCAUCACGCAAACCGUACCCGUCCCAUUCCCAAUAAAAAUUCAAAAAGAUGUUCCCGUGAAGGUGCAAGUUCCAUAUCCAGUCAAAGUGGAAAAGAAAGUUCCAUAUAUAGUGGAGAAACAGGUCCCUUUCAUUGUUGAAAAAGAGGUUACAUACAAAGUUGACCGCCCAGUGCCUUAUCCAGUGCAUGUUAAAGUUCCAGUGGUCCAGAAAGAAUACAUCAAGGUGCCAAAACCGUAUCCAGUUCAUGUUGAGAAGCAUGUUCCCGUGUACAUCGAUAAACCAGUGUACAUCACGAAAUAUGUGCCAGUUACUUUCCAAGUCAAGCCAAAGAAAAGACCGCAUUUGUCUGUAGCCAUCUCAGCAACGGUCGCCGUACUCACUGAAGCGAAGAUUGAUUUUGCAAGGAACGUGCAACAUGAAGGUAGGGCGUUCUUUAUUUUGUCUGUGGUGUUGACCAUUGCUUCAUGCGCGGUGGUUAACAAAUAUUCCAAAAAGGGAAAGCGUGGCCUGUGGGAUGAAGAUUCUUCCGAUGAGGGAUACGAACAUAAAUUGCUGUCCAGUUUCGGUGCAGAUCAUAAUCAUGAUGCUGAUGGAGUUGAUGAAGGCCACGGCGAAGAAAAUUCAUCCAGCCCAAAAGAAUCAGACGGCUCUGAGGACAAAUAUGAGCAAUCUUCGGGGAAAUCUGGAGGAGGAUCUCAUGUGGGCGGAAUCGGUGGAAGCCAUGGUUUCAGUAGUGGAUAUAGCGGCUACGGUAGAGGAGUCGGCAGUUUCGGUAGAUAUUAUGGAAGUUUUGCUGGAAGCUUUGGGAAAAGUUUAGGGAGCUCAAGUGGAGGACAUGGCCUGAGUUCCGGAAGCUUUGGUGGAGAAUCAGAAAAGAGCAUUGAUGGUGGCGGCCAUGAGAAAAUCUCCAACAAUGAUGAUGGUCAUAAGCAGAAGGAGACUAAAUUGGUUGUUGCCAAAAGUGUUCCCGUUCCGUACCCUAUAAAAAUCCAAAAGGAUGUUCCCGUGAAAGUGCAGGUUCCAUAUCCAGUUAAAGUUGAGAAGAAAACUCCAUAUGUCGUGGAAAAGCAUGUCCCUUUCAUCGUGGAGAAGGAAGUUGCGUUCAAAAUAGAUCGUGCAGUGCCCUACCCAGUGGAAGUAAAAGUUCCAGUUGUUAAGAAAGAAUACAUUAAAGUGCCAAAGCCGUAUCCGGUUCAUGUUGAAAAGCAUGUUCCAGUGUACAUCGAUAAACCAGUGUAUAUAACGAAGUAUGUGCCAGUUAGUUUCAAAGCCAAGCCAAAGAAGUACUAAAAGUGGUAAUAAUUUAGUUACUGGAACAUAAUGAAUGCCUGGUAAAGAUAAAACAAAUGUUCAAUGAAUGCUAAAUCAAAUUGAGACUACUGAAUCACUACCAAUGAUAACAAAUUCGCGAUCAGUGAUUGGUUUCUGCCCCACCGUUGCUAUCACCCAGAUACAUAAUCCUAUGUGCGGAAAGCAGCUAAAAGUUAACCGCCAGAAAUGUGUGGGACGAAUGACAACAACGGUGAAAUUAUUCUAAAGCUUGAGUUAUCUCAAAUAACGGUUCCAGUUGCCUACCAAAUAGGGAAACUGCUCCUGGAAUUUUAUCUCAUUGCUCCGAUUUUCAUCUCAUAAAAAACAAAGCAAUGGAAAGCAAUUUGAUUUGUUUCUUAUUUUUGUGAUUUGUUGACAAAAAGUGACAAAAUUGGUGCUGUUUUCUUUGUUCCGCGAUGUUAUGAAUAUAUGUUCAGUGAGAUGGACAUCGGGACAGUUCCCCUAUUAUAUCGAUAAAAGUGUUUAAUUUUGAGAAACUGAACAAAUCAGCAGAAUUCAAAUUUUCUUACAAUUCUGUGUAAGAACGUACCACAAUCUAUAUAACAA